AUGGUCCGGAAUUACAAGCGGAUUUCGGUCCGUAAGUCUUGGAGUCAAGAAGCCUUGACCGCGGCAAUCGAAGCCGUACAGGCCGGAUCCACCGUAAACCGAGCGGCGCUCUCCACGGUGUGCCGAGGCCAACGCUCCGAAAGUAUUUGUUGUUGGUGGGGCCUCCGGACGAAAAUCGUAACCUGGGUCGGUUCAAGCCAGUUUUCACUGCCCAGCAAGAGCGAGAGCUGGUCGAUUACAUUCUUGCCAUGGAAGUUACUCUACGGGGUCACGUCAUUGGAAAUGCGCAGUUUGGCCUACCAGCUGGCCACCAUCAACAGAAUCGACCACCCCUUCGACAACGGCACGGAGCUGGCUGGCAAGGAUUGGCUGUACGGAUUCCGCAUGCGCCACCCGGAACUUUCGCUGCGAGCACCGGAAGCAACCUCUGCAGCCCGAGCCCAAGGGUUCAAUAAGGUGGCCGUGGACCAAUUUUACGACAUUGUAGAAGCUGCACUCUCUACUGGGAAGUUCCGGAAGCCCAGUCAGUUUAAAAACGUGGACGAAACGUGCGUGGUUACUGUUCAAAGCAAGCGGUCGAAGAUCUUGGCGUUGAAGGGACGGCGACAGGUUGGGGCCAUAACUUCAGCAGAGCGUGGUGUCUUGUCCACGGCUUGCAUCUCGUCGUCGGCGUGCGGCCAAUACCUGCCCCGAUGUUAA